AUGAUCGCCGACAUAGGAGUUUGGAUCAAUAUAUGCUACCGAAUCGCAUGGAGAAGAACUUACAGUUUGGCUACUUUUUGCAACGAAACUACCAUAUCUAAUAAAAGACUAAUUGGUGCACACGGAAAUUUAACGUGCGUUCAUGGUUGUACAGGAAUCGUGGGACCAUUAUACUUUGAAUGCACAGAUUAUAGCAAGACUAACGACUGGACAUCGGGAACAUAUUGCUACCCUUAUCGUUUUUCGUCUCAAACAACAAAUUUUGCGAUAGCGUUUAGAUCGUGUUGUUGGAUACCCUUGCUAGCAGGGAGCGGAAAUUGGAGCAUGCUGAUGACUGGAGAUUUGCGACCACGUAGAGACACCGGAACAAGAAAUCAUGCACCAACCUCAGGGGUACCGCCAAUAGUUAGGUUUCAAAUGGGGUGCAAUUCUACAUACACAAUACCAGUUUUCGAUGAUGAUAACGAUCGUAUAAAAUGUCGUUUCGCAACAAAUGCUAAUGAAUGUGGCGGAGUUUGUAAUUCCUUCUAUAACACACGAAUAAAUGAAAAAACAUGUACAAUUUAUUACGAGCCCACAAGUCAUACCGAGCACGAGGGAUUUUACCCAGUAACAAUUGUAAUAGAAGAUUUUCCUUUGACUGGUGGAAGAGAACCGUUGAGUCAAGUGCCUCUUCAAUUUUUAGCCUACAUAUUCUAUUCUGAUCUACCGUGUUAUGCGUCUCCAUAUUUUGUAGACACUUUUACCCCGCUGGAAAACACUUGUAUAUCAACACCACUUAACCUUACUUACCAUGGACAAAUCGUUAUCGAUGCUAGAGAUAGAGGAUUGCGGUAA